UUGUGUGUGAGUGUGCAAGUUCAAGGCAAAUUCGAGUUGUUCAGAAACACGUUUUAAUUGUCCCAUCUAUAGGUGCGCCUGUAAUUUUGAAUUUAAAAUUGGAUGAUUAUUUAGCUGUGCCGUUUGUUAUGUAUUUAAAGCCUGGGACCGUAUAUUCGCGGCAGAAUGUUGAGUGUGGACUCGUUGCCAGUUGCCGAAGAGGAGGUGGUGGAGUCCAGCUCAAACAGACUGGGGGACAUUUACACGUUUGUUGCCGAGGGCUGUUAUCCUCAAACCAUGAAUCCUAUUCGCAAGAAAAAUCUCAAAAGAUAUGCUCAGAAAUUUAUGAUUGACGAUGGCCGGUUGUAUUAUGUGGGACCGAAGAAAGAAGAAAAGCGAGAAGUAGUGAUUGAGGCAGAGCGGAAGAGACAGAUAUUCCUGGAGUGUCACUUCAAUGACAUUGGGCAUCACUUGGGGCAGAAGAAGACUGUUCACAGGAUUCAGAGUAAAUACUACUGGCUUGGCAUUGUCAAGGAUGUUGUGGAUUGGAUUAAAGUGUGCGAAACGUGUCAGCACGCUGAGCGGAAUAAAAACCUGGCUAGAACGGUUCGACCCAUUAAGGUGGAUGGUCCGUGGGACAUUUUGGCUAUUGAAAUAAUCGGUCCAUUCCCAGGCACUGCACAUGGAGGAAAUACACACGUUGUUAUUAUUACAGAUUACUACAGUAAAUGGGUAGAGGCUUUUCCUGUACAAAAGAAAGAUGGUCUUUGUGUUGCACGAUGCAUUUCAUCAUCCACUUGCAGAUUUGGCCCUGCGAAGACAAUAUUUUGCUCUCAAAGUGCUGACUUCUGUGAGGAGGUUACAAAGCACCUGUGUGACCGGUGGAAUAUAGCGCAGAGAGUUUUGUCGGUAGACCAGCCGCAGCGGAACGCACUGUAUGAUCGUAGCAGUAAUCUACUGAGAGAUGCCAUAAAACAGAUGGUGGUGGAAAAACAGGUGGAGUGGGAUGAUUUUCUUGAUCCAAUUUUGGCCACCUUCAGGACAUCGGUCAACCCUACGACAAAAUUUACACCACACUUUUUAAUGUUUAACAGAAAAGCCAGCAUAUCUACUGAGAUUGAUCCUCUCUGCUAUCAGGACCAGGAGGAUGAGACCCUAAAUGAAGAGGACACAAAUGCCUUUCUUUCCUCCAUGCAGGAGCAACAGAAUAACAUCAAACAGAUGGUAGUUACAAAUAUGAAUGUUGCAUAUAGACAAGAAAAGAAAAAUGCAAAACGCAAGGCAAGAAAUAUGCCUUCCAUCACUCUCACUGUGAGCAACCCAUUGUUCAGCACAGAGGAAACGCCCUCAGCAAAAAAGCUUAAGGAAAGCCUCUACCUGUCUUUUCCAGUAGAGACAGUCCUAACCACAGUCCAGAAUGUACCUGAAGCCAAGAAAAAUGGCUUAGAAUAUCCUCUAACAGACUCUGAUGUGCACUGAAAAUCUUUUUGGAUUUGACUAAUCAUAAAGCACUAUCCGCAAAGUGUAUUUGCAUAGGCUACAGCUUGAAGACUUGAUAUCUGCAGUAGGUGGUCCACAGAGAGUAGGGCAAGCAGAUGAACUCAUGUUCAAUUUCAGCACAUAAUGUAGCAAGAUUAAAAUAUUGUAUUUCACCUCAAGGAAAACACUGAUGAAUGGUCUUUUUUGGUUUUUUGCUUAGUCACAGAACUACACACCCAAAGAUGUAGAUGUUUGUCCUGCUUUGUUGACUCAUGUCCCAAAAGACAUUUUCAUCUGUAUUUGCUUUAGACGAGUCAACUGACGUACAGAGAUUUCAGUAUUAUCUGAAAGAAUGUUGUGUAAACUUUAAUUAUGAAGAUUGUAAUAUUCAGUGUUCAUUAUUGCAGAAAAUAGUUAGUUUGUUUUUCAGAUCAUUAUUAUAUAACACCAAAGUGUUUUUUUUUUUGUUUCUCAUAGUGAGUUUGAAUUUGCAAACUGCAAUUUUUUAAAAGUGCUUCAUUGUUUACUUAAUCACCUAUUCAGCCAUGUGUUUGGAAAGAAAACUUUAAGGUUCUAUAUGUCAAUAAAUAGUUGUACAUUUUCAGA